AUGACUUUGGAUCCUUUCUUGGCGUCAUGCUUGAGCUUCUCGAUCUCGAAAAGCUCCUCAGGGUUGAAGAACUUGGCGAAUCUCUCUCUCUCUGUUGUUGUGAAAGUGGUUGGGAUCAUCAAGAGGAAAGCUUUGAUUAAGGAUUUAGCUGCAGCUUACCAGGCUGAGUGUCUUGCUUAUUGCCGAGAACUUCUUGACCUCCAAAAGAGAAAGGACGAGCCGUUUCUGGACACAAAAGCUACAGAUGAUGUGAGAAAAGAGACGUUGAGGACUUCUUCCAAACGAGCUAAGAAAAAAACGUUAAAUAUGAGAAACACUUGUAUGAUGUUUAGUUCUACGAUGAUAAUGAUGUUGAUAGAACCGGUUCUCAUAUUUUUAGAUGGCAGUGAAAAAGCUUGAAAAAUUGUCUGAUUGUUUAUCUAAGUAUUUAACAUU